UUACAUUUAUAAGCAAACCAGCUUCCUUCGCUAUCGUCUCCACGGUUAAUAGCAGCCAGCCAUGACCGGACGAAAAUAUAAGUCUCCACGGGGGAAACUCAAGAAAAGGAAACGUAAUAAGAAGGAAGAGACUGCCGCCUUACCAUCAGUCCCAGAAAACCAGGAGAAAGUUUUGGAAACCAGCUCAUCAGCAGACACUGAAACUAUUGCUGAAUAUCUUACCCGCUUUAUUAAGGAUACCGUUAAAGAUGGUCACUCGGUUAACCAGUUUGGGACGCUUGGAAAUGAUGACUCCUCUUCACCACUAAGAGAGGAAUCUGGCGAAUCUGAAGUUCAGACUGUUAUCUCGGAACAAAAUGGCCAAGAGGUGUUUGAUGAAUGUCGCAAAGAGACCAGAACAUCAAGAGCAAAUCCCCCUCGGGAAAUGGAUGAUCAACCGACUCCGCCUACUCAGUGUAAACCAAAGAGUCAGUCCCGCCAGAAAAAGGGUAGGCAUGGCACCCGAUUGACGGAAUUGAUUUCCAACCGUAGUGCUCAUAUAAGACUGCCUAUCGACUUUCAUGCUAAAACUGGGAAACCAAUAGGCCCACAUAAGAAUAAAUUCAAGAGUUUUGUGGCCCUUCUAGGAAGGAGUUUUGCUAGUAUACUUAGACCGAAUUGGAAGAGCAUAGAGGAGCGUGUCAAGAAUCAGAUAUGGGAGAGUAUCCAGCUUACCUUUGACGUCCCUAAUGAUCCUCGACUGAGAAAGAGAUGGAUCUCUUUUGCGGGUGCACGGUGGAGGGGAUUUAAGACACAGCUCACAUCACAGUACAUAUUUGGCAAUCGAUGUGACCAGUCUCCUUGUGAGGAGUACCCAUUCAUUGACCAGGACACUUGGCGACAGUUUGUCCUGAGCCGACAAGACCCUGCCUUUCUGGAGCGCAGACAAAAGGCAAAGAAAACUCAGGCACUUAAUGUCUGCCCACACAUACUAUCUCGGGGUGGAUAUGAGUUGCUCGAGGAAAAGAUGAUGGCUGGAAAAUUGAAAAACUCUGAGGAACCCUCCCAGCCCGAUCCUUCUGAAACUCUUGAUCCUCCUCCCCCUCUCCUCCUUCCACGUCAUGAAAAAUGGAAGGCUGCACGGAAAAGGCCCUCUGGUGAGUUUACAACACAGGAGAGCCGCAUGGUGGCUCAGAAGAUUGAUUCCCUAGUUGAGGAAAGCACUCAAGGAACCUUUGUUCCUAAGGGUCGUGAGGAUAUCUUAACUGCUGCUCUUGGUCGAUCAGAGCAUCCGGGCCGUGUCCGUGCUGCUGGAUGGGGUGUUGGUAUUCGAGAGUACUUUGGACCCCCAGUACGCCCUCCAGUUUUUACUCAGGAGGAUGUUGAUCGCAUCAAGUGGGAGGUGCGGCAGGAGGUGACACAGGAGUUGACACAAUUAUUCUCCCAAAAACUCCAGGAUGAGCUGGCAAAGAUGGGGUUUGCUCCACUACAGCAGCAGCACACACAAGUCCGAGAUAGUUGUUUCCCUGCAAGUGUGAGUGUAGAGGGAAGCAAUGCCCCAGAUGCCUCUGAGCCUGAUGAUGAUGAUGAAAUGUGUCAGCUUUAUAUUGAUUCUCCUUUCCACUUAGUAGCAAUGGGAAAGGUGCAUGAAUUGGGACCUACUAUACACCAUGAGACUAUAGCUGCAGAUAUUGUGAGGGUUGAGGUAAUACAAGCUCUAGAUGCAGCUGCGCUGGUUCCUAUUACCACUGACGAGGUUCGCACUGUGGGCCAGGCACUUAAUCACUUCAUUUCAUGGCCACGAAGAUUGAUCGGUGCUCUUGAGUUCCAGGAUGGUGGUGGUUCUGACCAAGAUGAUGCCCCCUAUGAGCAUCGAGACCCACUAUCGCGUUUGCGCUCAAUGGCUACACAUCUCGGGCCACAUCCUGUAGAGCUCAUCCUGAGAAAAGAGGUCACUGGCAUGGCAGAUGUGCCUCUUUAUGUCAGAUCAGAAGAAAUAAUGGAGAUAUGUUUGGGUAAUCAAAUGCUUAGUGCAAUAAUUAUACAAGUGUGGGUCAUGUAUCUGCAUGGAAUAUGUGUGCAAAGAAAAAAUGUACAUUUUCACGGAUUUCUUGACCUGCAACUAAUUCAAGAUGUAGGAAACAGACACAAGGAAAUCCAGACAUACAUACAGGGUCAGCUAAAGGGCGGUGGAAAGGAGUGCUACCUUGCACCUUAUUUCUACCCGACGCAUUGGCAAUUGUUUGUAUUAUGCCCUCGGCAGAAUACAAUUGUCUUCUUUUGCUCUCUAGGGAAUAAGCCGAAAAAUAAUAUCAAGAGUGUCAUGAAUAUGGCCAUGAAGGGACAUCAGGUGCUAAAACCCACAAGGAAAAUCAGUCCGAAAUGGGUUAUACCCAAGUCCCGAAUGCAAAUGGGAGAUCAUGAAUGCGGGUACUAUGUCAUGAGACAAAUGUUUACCAUCAUUUAUGCGGAUGAUAUCAAUGCAUGGAUUGGGGAACUUGACACUCAAGACGCAUUCACUGAACAAGAAAUCAAUGAUGUGCGGGAACGUUGGGCAUCAUAUUUGUGUGACAUUAAGGGGUUUUGAUAUUUUGUACUAGUGCUUUCAAGGAAAUGAACUGUGUGUAUAUAUUAGCUAUGGCACAAAUUAUUAUCGUCAUUUCCCGGUCAACUCCAAGCCACAACUCCUUGAGUUUCACGUAAUUGUAUGUAUGGCAUAUAGAGCCUGCACUUAUUGUCGUGCAUGCAAAUAAAAAAGUGGUUUUCCCGUGCAAAGUGUGAAUGGUUGCACUUAUUGUCAUGUGCUGCACAGCAUGCACUUUUGCCUUCAAGCGAUGCACUUUCAGAAAUCACCCCUUAUAUAGGAGGUUCUGUCCGGACAUUGUCAUUUGGAGCGGUUUCCGG